AUGACUUCCAUUGAGCAAGAACCGAAACAGAAUGAGGCUCGUUUGCUUCUAGUAUCCAACCGCCUGCCGAUCACCAUCAAGCGAUCUGAGGAUGGAAAGUAUGACUUCUCCAUGUCCUCUGGGGGUCUGGUCAGCGGCCUGAGCGGCCUAUCCAAAUCCACCACUUUCCAGUGGUAUGGCUGGCCUGGCUUGGAGGUCCCCGAGCCGGAAAUCCCAGAGGUUAAACAGCGUCUGAAGGAAGAAUAUGGAGCUGUUCCCGUCUUCAUUGAUGAUGAACUCGCAGACCGCCACUACAAUGGAUUCUCAAACUCCAUUCUUUGGCCGCUAUUCCACUACCACCCCGGUGAAAUCACCUUUGACGAAUCUGCCUGGGAGGCCUACAAAGAAGCCAAUCGGCUGUUCGCAAAAGCCAUCGCCAAGGAAGUGGAGGAUGGCGAUCUGAUCUGGGUUCAUGAUUACCACCUCAUGCUGCUUCCUGAGAUGCUGCGCGAGGAGAUCGGGGACAGCAAGAAGAAUGUCAAAAUCGGCUUCUUCUUACAUACUCCGUUCCCUAGUAGUGAGAUCUAUCGAAUUCUACCCGUGCGCAAUGAAUUGCUUCUGGGUGUUUUACAUUGCGAUCUUAUCGGCUUCCACACUUACGACUAUACCCGUCAUUUCUUGAGCAGUUGUUCGCGCCUGCUUGGGCUUGCGACGACACCUAAUGGAAUUGAAUUCCAGGGCAAGAUAAUCACCUGCGGUGCUUUCCCCAUUGGCAUUGAUCCGGAGAAGUUCAAGGAGGGGUUAAAGAAAGAGAAGGUCCAAAAGCGCAUUGCCACCCUCGAACAGAAAUUCCAGGGCGUCAAGUUGAUGGUCGGUGUUGAUCGUCUGGAUUACAUCAAGGGUGUACCCCAGAAACUUCACGCGCUUGAGGUAUUCCUCAGCGACCACCCAGAAUGGGUUGGAAAGGUUGUUCUGGUACAAGUGGCUGUUCCCAGUCGACAGGAUGUCGAAGAAUACCAGAAUCUGAGAGCCGUAGUAAAUGAGCUGGUUGGUCGGAUCAACGGAAAGUUUGGCACGGUCGAAUUCCAACCUAUCCAUUUCCUGCACAAGUCAGUCAACUUUGAUGAACUUAUUGCUCUUUACGCCGUAUCAGAUGCCUGCAUUGUAUCAUCUACUCGGGAUGGUAUGAACCUGGUGGCAUAUGAAUACAUCGCAACACAACAAAAGCGCCACGGAGUCCUAGUCCUUUCCGAGUUUGCUGGGGCAGCCCAAAGUCUGAACGGCAGCAUCAUUGUCAACCCCUGGAACACCGAAGAGCUUGCAGGUGCCUACCAAGAAGCUGUGACUAUGAGUGACGAACAGCGAGCUCUAAAUUUCGCCAAGCUGGACAGAUACGUGUCCAAGUACACCAGUGCCUUCUGGGGCCAAUCCUUCGUCACCGAACUCACCCGCAUCUCCAUCCAUUCCGCCGAUAAAUUUCAUGUGAAGAACAAUGUCAACGAGGCCACGUAA